AAGAUCAAUUUGACAUUUGUCAAACAGACGCUGAAUGUUUAUAAUCUUUUUCUCAUUUCGGCGCUCUAAUUUUCUGCUUGUACUUUCUCCGGCCAUUAGCAAAAAGUGUUAAAUAGUGGUCGUAAAAUACCAGUUUUAGAAACUGCACCUUAAAAGCGCCAGUUUACACUUGAACCAGUAUUUUGGUUGGCUUUAGAUCAGCUUAUUGGCCACCAAUCGUUAGGCAAAAAUGUCACAAAUUGCGGACCUGAAAAGCUUCGUCAGCUACGCCCUUGAUUGCACCCGGUUUCGCUUGGUGCGGGACGAAGCGGAUGUGGAAAACGAAGAGCUGGUCUUCGCACCGGAGAUGGCACAUCAAAUAUUUGGCGAAUCGGAAAGCAUCUUUGGCUACCGGGACUUGAAGAUCGAAAUCAUGGCAUCGGCGGGACCACUGGAUCUGUACUUCGAUAUCAGCUACACGAAGAAGGUUGAGGAGCUGCAAACGGAGGGCUUAAAGGCGGACGAUGUGGAAAAGUCACUGGCGGACAUGGUGGAAAACGGUAGCUAUUACACCAAUUUGGACGAGUUCAAGCGCAUCCAUGCAACCAAAACGGCCGCGUUUCGACCGCAUGGUACGAAGGUGGAUGAGUUUACACAUCCGUUAAGCGGUCAGGGUACAGGAACGCGCACAUUUGAGGUGUACGUGUCCAUGGCGGAAGAUGCUGAAUAUAUGAAGUUCCACACGCGCCUGGAGAUGUUCUCGUUCUGGUACAUUGAUGGUUUCAGCCGGGUCGAGAUUGAUCCGCUGUGGAUGUUUUUCACCGUGUAUGAACGGUACGGAGCGGACAACAAUAAUGAAUCGGCAACAAAUGAUUCCGCGAAUAUAAGAUACGCCACCGUUGGGUACGUGAGUGUGUAUCAGUACUACUCCUACCCUAAGAACGUGCGACCACGGGUUAGCCAGAUUUUAAUACUGCCACCAUUCCAGAAGCUAGGUAUUGCGACGCGGCUGAUUAAACAUACAACUUACGAGUACUUCCGCAAGAAGGAUAACAUUACAGACAUCACCUUCGAGGAACCGAUCGAAGCAAUUCAGCACAUACGCUCGGUGGUGGACGCAAAACGCUGCAAGGAACUGCCGGCUUUCGCACCCGACAAACUGCUGGCCGGAUUCUCGAAGGAUAUGCUACAUCAGGCGCGCGAAACCUACCUCAUCAAUCCGAAGCAGUGCCGUGUGGUGUACGAGAUUCUGCGACUUGGCGUUACCGAUACCGAUAACGCAGAACAAUACCGUGCGUACCGGAUCGAGGUUAAGAAACGGUUGAACAUGAACUACAGCCGUCACCGGCGUGAUCUUGCCCGGGCCAAAAAGCGUGGUGUGGACGUAACGGUCGCAAUGUGCGGACUGCCAAGCGUAUCCGAGCGAAUCGAAUCACUGAACGCGGAAUACAAGGAGGUGGAAGAGAUUUACGGGCAGGUUUUGCAGAAACUGUUGGCCAAGGGCUAAGCCUAGAGGUGAGCUUUCGUUUCCAGUGUUUCAACGUUGUGUACUUUUUCCUUUUUUUUUUGUUUUCGUUUUACGCAAAAAUUCUUUUUAUUAAUUUCUUA